GCAGACUCUUAUGCCUGGUUGGGUGAGUUGAAGGAAAUGGGGUACUCUCUAGACGAUAUAUCGCGUCUCCUCAAAGAAGAUACGGAAAACUCUCCGUGGAUCAUAAUUGAGCGCCAACGUACAAGAUCCUGUCGUAUCGAUCGCAAGUACCACAUGAAUGGAUGUGUCCAUUUUCGUGGUCAGUGGGCUUCUUCUCAGCAUGAUCCAGAGUGUAUAUCUGUCGCCUCACUUGAUGCUGAUACGGAAAGAAGAGAGAAUGUUAUUAGAGUUAUCCAAGAGUAUUGCGGACUUGCAGGUAUAUCCCCGCACUCUCAAGAUCGCUCUAAGUGGAAUGGUUCAGUCUGCUUCCAUGAAAAUCUACAGGGCUCCACAGCGAUGUACGAAAUCCGUGAAUCCAACGGGAGGUCGGUCUCAGGGCUCAUCGGUCGAAUUAGCAAUGCCUUGGCUGAUUUCUGCCACGCUGUAGGAUAUGCCCAAAAGGCGGGACUCUGCUGCAGUAGUUUCACCAUUCUGCGUAAGUUCCUCACGGAUGAUCCACCAUACCAGGCGUACGUGGAUGUUUGUCGUAUUGAAUUGGGGCUUGUUGCAUCCCUUCUUCAGCAGAUUUCCCUGGUUAAGAACCUCCUCGAUGAAAAUAUUGGCACUUCAGAAGACUUUGACAGCUGCAUGCAGCUGGUUGAAGAUAUAUUCAGUUCGAUCUGGACGAGCCCGCAGAUACUAAAUGACCGCUCUAGCGGGAUCGACAAGCGUAUGCACUUCCUGGCUUUGGCUGUGCAAUUUCUGUGUCUUGGAUUUCUCUCCUACAUUCAGGCGCAUACUGGUGCACUUAGACCAUUUUUCCUCGACCGACCCCAGAAACGCGUUGUAAUCAUCGGUACGGGGCACUCUACCCCUAGCCAUGAUUAUCCAUCUAUCGAAGCGGAACUAGUUCAGCUUACCUGCAUGGGUGAUAUGAUCAAGGAUUCCGUUCUUGCUUUCAGCUUCGCUCAU